CAAGAACAGAGGACUCUUCACUCACUCUAGUUUUCGAAAUUGUCCUUUCCGUGGCGACUCGGAUUUCUCUGGUCCACGAAGCUUUCGCCGGCGGCAAUCGGUCGUCGAACAUAGCCUGAGAGUAAUAGCGGCUUUAGUUUCAGUUCAUAGCAGAAGAUGAAGGUUUGCGUGAAGACACUCAAGGGUACUCACUUCGAGAUCGAAGUGAAACCCGAAGAUACGGUUGCUGAUGUCAAGAAGAACAUAGAGGCAGUUCAGGGUGCUGACGUUUACCCUGCUUCUCAGCAGAUGCUUAUUCAUCAGGGGAAGGUUCUUAAGGAUACGACAACUCUUGAAGAAAAUAAAGUUGUUGAGAAUAGUUUUAUAGUGAUCAUGAUAACUAAGAAUAAGGCUUCACCAAGUGGAGCCUCAAGUACAGCAGGUGCAGCGACAAGUCAGAAUAAGGCUUCACCAAGCAGAGCCUCAAGUACAGCAGGUGCAGCGACAAGUCAGGCUCAACCUGUUAGCGCAUCUCCUCCUACCUCGUCAACACCAUCUACAACACCUCAGACUCCCGCCCCUGCUGUUGCACCGCCACAGUCUGCUCCUGAACCUGCCCCUGCUCCUGCACCUGCCCCUGCUCCUGCCCCUGCUCCUGCCCCUGCAGCAGCUCCUACUGCUUUAUCUGGAUUGGAUGUAUAUGGCCAAGCAGCAUCAAAUCUUGUUGCGGGAAGUAAUUUGGAGGCUACGGUUCAACAGAUUAUUGAUAUGGGUGGAGGAAGUUGGGAUCGGGAUACCGUUGUCCGAGCUUUACGUGCUGCUUUCAACAACCCUGAAAGAGCUGUUGAAUAUCUCUACUCUGGAAUUCCUGAACAGGCAGAUGUUCCACCAGCGGCCCAAGUUCCUGCUGGUGGCCGGGCAACAAACUCUCCAGCAAUCAAUCCCCCAGUGCAAGCCCCACAACCAGCACCACCCACUGGCGGUCCUAAUGAAAAUCCUCUGGAUCUCUUCCCACAGGGCCUUCCAAAUGUGGGUUCAAACGCUGGUGCUGGCACCUUGGAUUUCCUCCGGAACAGUCAACAGUUUCAAGCAUUGCGGGCUAUGGUGCAAGCAAACCCCCAAAUUCUGCAGCCUAUGCUUCAGGAGUUAGGGAAGCAAAAUCCACAGCUCAUGCGUCUCAUUCAAGAGCAUCAAGCUGACUUUUUACGCCUGAUCAAUGAACCUGUUGAGGGAGGAGAAGGGAACCUACUGGGUCAGUUGUCUGCAGCAAUGCCACAGGCUGUGACUGUUACCCCUGAGGAGCGAGAAGCCAUCGAACGUCUGGAAGCAAUGGGUUUUGAUAGAGCGCUAGUAUUGGAAGUAUACUUUGCUUGCAACAAGAAUGAGGAGCUGGCUGCCAACUAUCUAUUGGAUCACAUGCACGAGUUUGAUGACGAUCAAUAGCCGAGUGUUUAUAUAUGUUUUCUGCGUCCUUUAUUAUAUGACUUGACGUGACAUGCUCAACAGAUUGGUAAUUAUGUUUUAUUUUUUUUCCCCGUUUUCUUUUAAUCAAAGAGAGCAUGAACUUUUACACAAA